AUGUGCAGCUGUAUCAAAGGCAUUCUCAUGUACACCUUACGUUUGUUUAGGAAACAGUAUGUUUAUGUUGACAUUGCUACUCUCAUUCGCCUUCAAGUGUUUGAUUCGUCAAUUUGUGAGCCUGUUUCUAAAAUUGUAAAUUUUAAGCGCUCACAAGAUGGUCCCGAGUUAACUCUGUUCGACUACUUGAAUACGUGUUCCUCCACACUUGGAAGUCGCCUUUUGUCACAGUGGUUGAGGGUUCCUCUAAAAGAUGACGAGGAAUUGCAUCGACGACAAUAUGCAGUGGAGUUUCUUACUAGAUCGGCUAACAGAGGUCUCCACAAGUUGCUAGUGGGUUGUAUCAAACGCGUCGGUAAUAUACAGCGCGUGCUGACUAAAAUGCACGCUUCGUCUGCGGCUUCAAACGAAUGGAAAAUGCUAAUACAGACACUCCAGUCCUUGAAGUCGAUCAUGGAGAUCUGCCGUCAUCAUCCCGAACUGAGUGUACCCAUGGAUACCCCUGACAACGUUCCCCCACCAUGGCAGAUACUCCAUUCCCUGCUAGAGAAAAUUGUUGAAACAAUUGAUAUGUCUUCAACCUCAUCUCAUAAGCGUUUCAUUGUCAAACAAGGUCAUCAUGCGUGGUUAGAUGAGUGGAAGCAAAUUUACAGAUGUCUUCCGGAUAUUUUGAGUCGGCUAGCAGAACACGAAUUGAAUCGUCUGAGGGGUCAUGUUGACGCCUGUGGCUUGAUUUACUUCCCUUUAGUACGUUUUAAGCACAUUAUUUCAUUCGGUCUUGCCUAUUUACUAACAAUCACCCUAUGGCAAUGCCUUCUAGAAUUGGACAAACGUUAUGGUGACGUCAUGUAUGCAAUAUUAGAUGCUGAGACCUCCAUCAUGCACGAACUACAGGAAGAGAUUCUAAAGGCAGCGAAGCCGCUCCUAUGUCUGCUUGAUUUUGCCACCGAGCUGGACUGCAUUUGCGCCCUAGCGACUGCGGCUAUACGGAUGAACGGCGUCAAACCACGAAUGGUCUCCGAGAGCAGAGUAACAAUUCGCGGAGGGCGACACAUACUCUAUGAAGCACUGCACACCAACUACAGGACAAACUCAUUCAUUUCACCAACGGAAAAGGGCAGCGUCACCUUAGUGACCGGACCAAACGCGAGCGGCAAGACUAUGUUCAUUAAGCAGGUAACAAACACUCGCCGAUUGCCUACGCCUACCGAGAUCGGUCUGAUCGUCUACCUAGCCCACAUAGGAAGCUUUGUGCCAGCCGACUGUGCAACCAUACCGCUGAUGGACGCAAUUAUGGCACUCAUGCCAGCGGACAUCGAGAGGCAGGCAAAGACACAGGAAUUUCUUUCCGACGCCAGCUGGCUGGCUACAGCUCUUCGCUACGCCAGCGCCAACUCUCUACUCCUGCUGGACGAAUUCCCCUACUUUUCCGAUCAGGUGGCACGCAAGUCCCUGUUCCUCGGCUUUUUGGAGUACAUGAGUCAAAGAGACUCAUCCCACGUGAUUGUAACCGGAUUGAAUAUGAACUGGGCGAAACAGCUACUGCAGCCACUGGUGCCAAACAUCAACUUGAGGGUAUGUACAAAAAUGCAGACGCCGCAACCUGUUGAAAGAAUUGAUCGGAAUGGAUCUGAGCGAGUUCACCAAUGA